CUUGUGCUGUGAAACUCUAACGGUAGCACAUCAAAAUCCAACCGCUUAUUCCUCUGACCCGGGGUACUAGUACCGGUAGCCCCACGCCCAUCAACAGAAACCCUUGGAAGUCGAGCUCUCGCAACAGGUUUCCUCAGGGAAAGUGCAACUGCCAAGCAAUCCCCCUGUUUGCCACCCUUGUGAAGCUUUUGACGUUGGAACUCAUCCGUGUGAACGGAAUCCCCUACACCGUCCAAUUCAGUCAGUUGUUGCCAGUAGAAGAAGCUCCUUCAAUUCCCGUACUUCUCUUUGAACAUCAUUCGAGCGUUCAAACGACAUGUCUCUGAUCCGGGAAAGCUCUUGUCGCAUUUUCGACAUCUGUGCCGCGUAGUGUUCUGCAGGGGUCGAUGAUUGCUUUCUUCCGCUUCGGAAAGGACGGUGCUGGGCAUACGUUGACAAAAAGGAUGGCCGGAAAAGGAAGCGUCGGAUUUGAGGAGGCCAAAGCACACCCAAAGUCAACAGCCCCAACAUCAGCCACAGCGGAAUCAUCACGGCAGUGAUCAACCAAUACAAUGCUUUCACUGGGGCGGGCUUGCUGGCAAAGCAGGCAUACCAAUAUGUACCCUUGACGGCGUUACGGCCUAACAGGAUGUGGGAACAAAUGUCCCACAAGGAUUCGAGAGCAGUUGCCGAUCUCCCCGUUUUGGCAAAGGUAGUUGAAUAGCCAGGGCGACUUGCAGAGAUGACAAACGUCAGCUUGGGUUCCCAAAAGCUCCUCAGAGCCAAACUAUCAAUGUCCCAUUGAGACCCCACCAGGACAACCAUGGAUAGCACGCUCAGGAUGACAAGGAAAGCUGCAACAAGAAACAUGACGGCAAGGAACCCAAUCCCUUGUGGUAAUCUUGACUGGCCAUCAUCAAUAUACACCACAGGUUCUCCGAUGACAAGGUAGUAUAAGAACACGUAACUCUCUCGUACGUCGCAGAAACCCCAGUCCCCCGUACCCCCAUCGAGUUUGCAAUCCAUUUGCGCCAUCGUAUAUACCAUUUGGGCAAAGCAAAGUGAGAGCACCAAAGCUACAAGCAGUGGCCAAAACAUUAAGCUCGCAAUCUGAACGUGGCAAUAAGCUUGUAAGAAGCGAGAAGUAGACAGGAGGGAGACUGUUUGGGCAUCACUCCGUGACUUACCCUUUGGACAGCAGCAGAGAACAGAGCUGCGCCAUAAAACCAACUGGAGAGAAAGCCGAUGAAACUGAACCAGAGCGUUCCCGUCGCCACCGCUGCGGUUUUCAACACCGCCUCGUCGGAGAAAGAUCCAUAGUAGAGCAUUGUCGUUGUCGAUGAUACCGAAACAAUGGCGACAAGGUCCAUCCAUCGCCACAGAUUGAAGACGCACUGGUUCAGGAAAUCAGACAUAGAGAUGCACACCGACCAGAACACGAGCUGGUACAGGAACAAUCCAAAAGCGCAUAAAAGCACAGCCAAGGUUGUCCAGAAUGGUAUCUGUGCCUCUGGAAUGUUUAUAAAAUAGUGGACUUGAAGACGAAACGCCAUAAUGAGGGCAAAAAGCAAUGCUGCAUAAAGGAGGAUCAGAGCACACGUUUUUCGGCUUGCAAGCUCUUCUACCACCAACUCUUGAACGAAGGAAGCCAUGCAAGCUUGCCUUCGAAACCAGGGUGGUAGCACGCGAAGUCUCCAUAAGAAAUCAUCGGGCUGCAGGUGCUUCCGAGCGCCUGGUUUUGUUGAUGCGAUGAUUGUGCCUUGGAAAAACAUAACGAAAGACGAGGCAUGAUCUUCGAAUGUUUCGUCGGAAACUUUGAAGUGCGAGUUUUCCGCAUCGAUCUUUCCAGCUGUGUCCGUAAGAAGGUCGAAGGGAAGCUUGUUGGCGUCGUCUCGUGCUUGUGCGACGGUGUCGGACAGCAAAAGUGCAAUAGCACUGGGAUUCAGAUUAUCUCGCCGAUAGUUUCGAAGCAACACGUGAAGCGGGGUUCUUCCCCGAGAGUCUUGCACAUUCACCGCACCAGGGUAAGCUUCGUGGACCGAUGACAGCAUCUGAAAGUCUCCUGGCAUCUCCUCGGCGAUGACAUGUAGUGGAAGCUGUUGACGUAGCUUGCAAGGAAUCAUUCCGGGGUUUAUAAUGUAUCUAUCGGAGCUCAAACUGUAAAGCGGCAUCUCCCGGGCCCAUGUUGGUAGAUUUUUGUAUCCCGAUGUUCUCUUCCCAAGCAGCAAUUCGAUCACCUCAAUCGAUGGGAAUCUGUUGCUCGUCAAUAACGCCGCGAGAAGAGGAGUGUGACCUUGAAAGUCUCGCGCAACCAACCCUUCAGGGUAAAAAGCAAUGAAUAGUCUGCAGAGCUCCAGGAACCGCGGAGCCAAGCUGCUGUCUGAGGUAGGUUCUUCCCUGUCGGGGUCACUCUCAUCCUCAUCACUGUAUCCUCCCUCGGAAAAGAAGCGCUGGUUAUGACUUUCCGCUAAACCGCGCCGCACAAUUAUAUGGAUCGGUAGCUGUCUGUUUAUUGGUGUAAACUGAGCUGCUGGAUUGGUGGCCGGGGAAUCUAGUACGGCUGAAGCCAAGAUGUCGAGCUCUGCGUUUUCUUCAUCGUCUAGUUGUUGCAAUUGUGUGCGGUUUCUUAUCCUCCGUUGCUUCCUUUUCCAUUGGCACAGUCGUCGGAACGCAUUUUGGACGUCGUCUGGGUAUGCUUGAAAGGCUUGCUCGUGCAUCUCGUCUAAUGUCAGUCUGGUAGUGGGAGUUGGUUGGGGGAGUACUCUGUCUAGCUCAUUCACUGGAAGCGAUAGAUGCUGUUCCCGUCGCAGCAGUAUCCUCGGGAGUUUCGUGGUUUCCACAUCGAACGUCUCCUUCACCCCCAGUAGUACUCGACAAUGCUCGAGGGUCACAUCCACUCCAAAGUUUUUGAGUAGAAGAUGAAGUGGAGUCCAUCCUUGGAAAUCCGUGUGAUGUAUAGAUUGUGGAUAUUCUUGUAGCAACAUUUUCAUGGUUUCAAUAUCAGCUGAAGAUGCGGCGACCAGAUGUAGGGGCAGCCUUCCCCCUCCGUCUAUUCUUCUUGCUGCUUCCGGAUAUACAUACAACAAAGACCGUGUCAUAAAAGGAGGAGGGGGCGCUGUGCCUAGGCAAGCGAUAUGCAAAGGAGUCCAACCUGCAGCGUCCCGUACGGAAGCCAGCUGAGGUUGUCCGGAUAGCACAUGCAAAGCAUUCCUCCAGGCAAUAUCAUCCUGGCACGAUGAUUCGCCACACAAAUCAUGCAGUGUCAAGUCUUGAUCCUCCGAGUUGAAUGUCUGUGUGUCUUCUGCCGUAGUGGACUCUGAUGCUAUUGUUGAAGCAGUUUUGUCAUGCUUGGCUUGUCUGCUGUAGUGACUGCCGCUGUCUCCUCUACUUCUUCGACUGGGUUUGUUGAAGUUUUGGAUGAGCUUUUCUGCCUCCCUUCGAGCAGUUUCGCUGGGAACCAAGCUACUACUGCUACUCGGAGCCUCUGAGGGUGUCAGAGUCGAAGCAGUGCCAAAAUCUGCUGAUGACGACCUAGCCGUCGUUGCCAUCAUUUCAGUGAAGAAUCUCUUUGUGGACGAUGGCCUAAACGCUUGUCGUUGUAUUUGGAAAGGGUCGAAUGGCUCGAAUGGCUCGAAUGACUCUAAUGGUUCGGGUGGAACAUGUGUCCUUGACACUUGAUGAUCUUCCGUUGCCUGCAAUGCAUUUUCAUCAGGGUGGUAGUCCGGUUGUCCACUCGAAACUGCUUCUUGAUGUUGUUCGAUUUCUUGGUUCUCUGGUUGGGGCCUCAUUUGUGUCUUGCUGUCGUCACUGUUCGAUUCGGUACUCUUCACGCCGGGGUCCACGGGUGGAUGCGUUGGCUGUGUAAAGCUAAAUGACAUACUUCCUGCUUCGAGCGAAGGAUGUUCCUGUAUGGCUGAGAGAGUCGUCGCUUCGCCGUAUCUGUCGUCGCCAGUAGCCGUCGUGAAAGAGUCUUGCUGUUGCAGCAUUUCCUCCAAACUGUCUACUUCUGAUACUGAAUUCUUGUUGCUGCCGCUGAACUCAUCAAAAGGGCGAUCCAUGUGUGCAUCCUCGGGGUGGAAGAAACUGCUGGUGCUAGUUGUGUGGCUGACGGUGGGGGUAGCGUGACCGUCGUUGGAUUGAGCGUCGAGUCCCUUUUUGUGCGAUAUGUAGUAGUCCAGGACUCGAGCAUUGGGGAUAAGUAGCUUGGUACGUCCUGACUGCUUCGAUGAUACCGGUAGCUCAUUAGAUGGUAUCUGGGCGGUCCUGCGCCCAUGCGGAUGUUGUUGUUGUUGGUGGCAUAUUGGCGGCCGCGGAGGAACUCCAGUCCAGAGAUGCUUUUCCAUCAGGUAGUGCUGGGUGGCAGCAACUCUUUCAGGUACUUCGUCACGCUGUGAGUGUUGUUGCAAAUAGGUCAUACCGGUAUCGUCAUCGUGGCGCGGUUGGUGAUACAGCAAAAAGGUCUGCGGCUGCUGCGGAUCGUACUCCCGGCGUUCAUUGACAUACGGCACCGUGGGCCGAUUCCGAUGGUCCUGAUCAGCUUCAUUCGAACAAUCACUGACUGCAGCAGUAUUCUGACUGGCGGAUGCGGUGUCGAACGACCGAUUGAACAAUGGAUGUCUCGUUGCAUUGACGUAGGUGCCACCAUUGCUAGAGGUUGGCAUUGUUUGCCUUUGGCCUUCCCUCCCACCGUCACACCACUAACAAAUAUGGCUUCUAUCUACCGCAUGUAUAGUAACUCAUUCGUUGCGUUUUUGUAUUAUGUGAAGUAACACAAGGUAGGGCCGCGGAGAGGAGGAGUUGAACGUCAAGUCUCUAAAAAGAUCAGUCGCCAAAUCUACCAUGUGACUCGACUCCCACGGUUCUUAGGAAAAUGGAGAGGCCGGCUCUCGGUUGGUUUCUCACUCGAUUGAACAAAACUGACGUGAGUUUUGAUGCUGGUCGUCCCCGGCCCCGUACUAGUACGAUACCGCAUCACCAUGUCGCCGCAGCCUUCGUCAUCACCUGUUGUGGCGGUGGGGUACCAGCCCCGGCCCCAACAGUGAGCCCAUCUGAUACCGGUCUGGUAGCUCAUAGAUUCAUCGUUCACUCCGAGACAUACCUCACAGUAGUACAGCAGGUACACCACGUAGACCAGAACCUGGAUUAACUUCCGCCUGCUUGUCUCCCGGAACAAACACCUGUACCAGCUCCGGGACCUAUCCUUGGAUCUACCCCCGGUACGUCUCCAGGACCCACACCUGGACCAACCCCAGGACACACCCCUGGAUAUACCCCAUCGUUUCCAAGACCCCAUUCCUGGUGCCAACUCCUGGACUAUCUCCUCCCAGGACCUACACCUGGCUUAUCUCUAGAUCCCACUCAUGGUCCCCACACCCAGACCAACUCCAGGCCUGCAGGACCUACAGGUAGCCUUGGGUCUACCUGUACCCAUGGUUUAUCCCAAGGCCCCACUCUACUCCUGUUGGACGCCUCAGCAACCGCAAAAAAGAACCGAAGUAGACCACGAGAAAAACUUGUAAUUGUAGCUUGAACCCUAAAACCAUUCGGAAGAACUUUAGCGCACGAUCAUCCAACCGUUAGCGGAGGGCUCUAAAUGAUCGGAAGAAAAACGGCAAGGCCCGUGUGCUCAAUUUUUUCAUCGUUGCGAGAGAUCAUUCUUCAGUCCAAGAAUAACAACUUCAUGGAACCUGAACUGAUGAUCGAGCUGUGAAGUAUUAAUAGACACUGUCUAUACCGAUUUCCUUCCCUCCCUGUUUGUUUUGUCCCUCCCUGUCCUUUCCUUUGAUGUCAAGUAUCUGAGCUGAAUAGUGAGCUGGAAAAUGGACUAUUUUCUUAGUUCCCAACCGAGCGCAUCAGUGGCAGAUAGCAGAAGCAACAGCAAUAAGAAAGGCCAUCCGUGGCAAGCAGCACUUCGGAAACUGGACGAAGAACGGGUUUUACUUGACGAUGAUGAUGUCAGCGGUGGGAAAGAGAGAUAUUCGACCGAGCCGCACAGUAAAAAUCCCUUCGAUUCUCCUCCGCCUUCUUCAUCGCAGCUCGCGACAAGCCGUCUUGUUGACCACCACAACCAUAAUGGUCACGGCUCUGGAAGUGAUCUGCACAACAGACCAGGCCAUCGCACAGAAACGCAGGCUCAAAGUCACAGUCUCGCUCACAGCCAUUCAGCGAGGCCAAGUCGACGACGACCAAGGGUCUUUCCUGCUAGCAGUGGCGACAGCAACGCUCAGAGUCCUUCAGAAAGAGCUGCUGUAGGUGCUGCUACAGAAAGUAUGGAGGUAGCACUACAAGACACCUCCAAAACUACAACCUCUUCAUCAUCCGCCACUGCCAGUGUCUCAUCGCCAUCAUCAUCAACACGGCCUCACAACAGCAAUAGUAGCAACCCUAACAAUUCAUCCACCGAUUCGGACAGCGGGAUCCGGUUGGAACCGAAACUCACUCGCAUCCAUCAGCAGCACCAUCAGCAGCACCAUCAUACCGGGGAUAUCAAUACUAAUACUUACCGACACCAUCGAGACCAACGACACCAAGAACAACCGUCCAACCACUAUAGAGGGGCUCCUGACAAAAUAUUGAUGUCACGUACAUCAAGAACAUUACAUUCACACAACAACCCCAACAAUCCAUUUGAUUCUUCCAACAGCCCUUCUCACAACCGCUACAAUCCUUUUGCGUCUUCCAGCAGCCCUUCUCCUAACCGCUUCAACCCCUUUGGUUCUUCCUCUUCCUUCACGCCUGCUCCCAACCCUUACAAUCAAUUUGGCUCUGGGCAUUCCAAAAGUCCAAGGGCUAACACGAAUCCAUUCGAAGAAGACUUCUCAGUUCAAAGUAGUCAGCACGCAAGCGUCAAUCAACACGAACAUGAGCAGCACCAGGAGAUUGACGAUGAUGAUAAUGAUGAUCAAGACGUCUACUAUGAUGCGGCACCUUCUUCUACUGUUUUGGAUGUCUACGGCAUGAUGAGUGAUCCUGCCGUUUCUCCUGCCCAUCCGGACUCCUCCACAAAGCCUUUUGGCCAUAGCCCUGACAUGUACGAGCAAAGACUAAAAGCGGCAUCGCCGCCACCAAGUCCGCCAACAAUGCCGCCAACAAUGCCCCCAACACUGGACUCCUCUACUUUUGACAUCUCAACUUCCAACACAAACAGUGGCAGUCCCAGCCUAGAACAACGAGAGCGAUUGGGAUUGCAUAUGCUGUGUGCUGAAGCCACUAGCCAAGAUGAUAUUGCUUGGAGAAAUGCUCUCUACCUGCUGAGGGUGAAGCCAGAGUUGGCGCAAGUACUGGACAACCAAGGACGUACUGCUCUUCAUGCUGCGUGUUCCGCAGUGCAACAAUCCGCCCAGCAACAGCAGCAAACAGACCUGCUAGACCCAGAACAAGAAAAGCCACCAAGUCAUCAACAGCCCAUAUCCCCCCCUGAUUACUUCAUAAGAGCCUUGCUGCUGGCGAAUCCAUCCGCUCCACAGAAAGGGGAUGCAGAUGGCCGACUUCCCAUUCAUUUAGUCGCUGACUCAUCUGGGGAUAUCAGUACCUUGCAGCUACUGGUGGAAGCCAAUCCCACUUCCAUUGCAAGUAGGGAUGCUAUGGGAUGGACACCUCUGCAUCUACUCUUGAUCAAUACGCUCACGCCUGUCACGAAGAAACAUGUACACAUACUCUUGGGAAUGACACUGCCUCCACCCCCGGCAGAGCAUCAAUCCAUUCGCCAACGACGAGGAGAUCAUUUAGGCCUCAAAGUUGAACAAUUGAAUCGAAUGCUCUCAAACCACAAGAACAGGCUGAAAGCACCACAACGAUGGCAAGUUCCCGAAGAGAUCUUGAAUUCAUAUCCAGAGGACAUUCAGGUCUGCCUGCAGCAGCUGCAGCAAUGGGAGAAGAAAAGGGCACGCCGGGAAAAGCACAAGCAAGCGCUACAGGAAGAACAGAAGGAUCAAGAUCAGUCGCAACAAAACGGCAGUGAGGAAAAUGGGGAUAUCACUGCGGAUCAAGAGGGAAAUCCCGCCGCCAUGGCAACACUAGUAGAUCACCAGUUGCCCCUGCACAUUGUUGUCCAGCGAGGACUACUGGAACUUGUCAAACAGCGCCACAAAGAACAACCAGCUUCAAUGUCUAAGGGAAGGCCACCAAGACAUCGUGGGGCAUCCAUGCUGUCACAGUUGCCAGCAAUCCAGCGUAACUUGAUUGCGGUUGUCAGGGUGCUGCUAUACGCUUUCCCAGAAGGUCUGGUUGCACGGGAUUGCAAUGGCCACACCCCACUGAUGAUCGCCAUGACAGCGGCCACUCAGGUUGUUCCGAAUCAAGAGCUCUUGGACCUACUACUCGGGAAGUGCACGGUGGGGUUUGCGUCUCUGCCGUCGUGGGUCGAGGAUCUGCCAUUGCCAACCCAGCUGUCGUUUGGACAAAAGAGGGGAUUGUCCACACAGCAACAGCGGUACUGCAACCCAGCAAUGGUUUCCACGUUUGACACAUGCCAACUACCGUUACAUAUAGCGGCAGAGGAAUGGGGGGAUCAAGCUGCAUUGAUACUCGCUGUUUAUGAAUCCUAUCCUGGCGCCAUUCACGUUCAAGAUGCCCGGGGGCGAAUGCCGCUGCACGUCCUCUUGAAGAACUUUCGACGGGUGUCCCCUGACCCACGGGUUGUGGCAUUGUUGUUGUCUGACCGAGUCGCACGAACCCACACGGACGAGGGAGAGUUGCCCUUUGAUUUGUUGGUUGCUUGCGCUCCUUUUCUGCCAAAGGAUCCCAUGCGGUUUGAUCUAGACAUCAUGUCGGACAGGAACUCGCUUCACCCUGACCCUUGCAAAGCAUUUCAACCUAUCUUUCAAGCAUCCAUCAUCACGUCGUCAUGGGAUGCCCAACAAAUGUUCACUUCAAACCAAAGUCCUCUUAUACGGAGAGCCCAAGCAAACUCGUUUUUGUGGCGACUACGGUCUCUACCGCCCUGGCUGCGUAGGCAGGCCUGCAAUGUUCCCUUUGUGCAAGAGAUAAUCGUUGAAGAGCUCUCAAGCCCCCUGAAGUGCGCCUUUGUGUUUGCACAGGGACUAGUCCUUUUGUUUCUCUUGAUAGUAUUCCGACGACAAAUGGAACGCUUCAUUGAAACCACUGGCCUCGAUGGUAUGCCGUCCUUGUCACAGACCAACGAUACAGACGCUUCAGGGAUAAAUUUCUUUGACGGAACCGGGCAAGAAGUGGUCGAUUCUUUUUUCUUUGAUCCCUCAAUACGUUACGAACCGUGGAAUACUCUGGUGAUAUACGGGCUUAGCGCCUGUUCUAUCAGCUUUCAAGCCAUCUUUUGGGCACUCAGCGGUUCUCUCAAUGAAUUUCAGAGGUUGUGCUUGUUGAACCUUCGUCGGUGGAUCGACUUGGCGACAGCGUUUAUAACAGUGUUGACUUCAGCCCUGAUACACGAGGGCUUCCCAGACGAAGUGAUUUUCAUUUUGGGAACAGUUUCAACAGGAUUGCUCUGGUGCAGUGUUAUUGGGUUUCUAGCCGAUUGGUGGUACGGCAUGGCAUUCUUAGUCGGUGGUAUGGCCAGGAUUGCUUCUGCCCUCGUGUGGCCUCUGCUGUUUGCGAUUGUCUGCAUCGUCGCCUUCUCCGAAAUGAUAUAUACGUUGCAAGUUGACUGCGCGGAUGGCAGCAUUGCAAGUUCGACAUGCAGUCUUCGAGAUGCCUAUCAGCUGGUUUACUAUCUGCUUCUGGGAGAACCGAUUGUCGAGAUUGGCAGCCCCGAGAGACUUCCUCCAGGGCUGGCUAUCCUCCUAGCAACUUUCGCUCUGGUGGCACUACUCUUUGUUUUGUGUGUUGCCAUGGUGAUUGUCUUCAUGGCCUUGAAGUGCGAACGAGAAAACGUAGCAUUGGAUUCCUAUUGGGAGCCCAAAUUGGCCUUCGUGCUAGCGUCUCAAGACACCAAGUUUGCAGCUUCGCAGCGAAGAAAAGAUCCAUCGGUUGCGGCACCGAGCUCGAUGGAUGUUCUGGAAGCAAGGCUCGAGGAACUCUGGGGAAUAUGCAUUUGUUUGCUAUGGGGUAGUCGGAAGCAACGAUACUGGUAUGCGAUGCCUUCAUCUGCGUGGAAGCGACUUGGGCUCAGGGUUGUUGCGUGUGUUACAAUUCCUCUUUGGUUGCUCCUUGGCUUGGCAACACUUGGGAUUCUAUUGCCACCCCAAGUGCGGCAGAUCGUUUUCCGACCACGGCAGGGACUCCAUAGCGGUUGCAGGUCACCUGAAGCCACCAGGGAUAUUUUUGCUUCUCAAAUCGCAGGUGUGAGGAACGAAAUCGUGAAACUCAAGGACAUGUCGUUUGAGCAAAACAGCGAUAUUCAUGACGAAAUACAUCAGUUGAAGGUCAUGAUUGCCAAGGCGAGUUCUUAAUGCGAUGCAAUGGCCCAUUGAUACCAUGUUGGGUAUCAAAAUUCGUCGCAGUUCAGAGCGCUGUGAAAGAAAUGGCUACGUUAUCGCUGGACUACAAGACAAGUCAAUUACCUAUGACAUUACUUCGGGGCGGCAGAUUCAGUCGGUCCAAACAAUAUCUUGCUUAUCCACCCGAUCCCGAGAGGGUCCUUUUUCUUGUCUCCUUUUCCUGUUGCAGAGGUUGUUCCCAACAGAAGACCAACUCCUGCGGCGACCACCACCGUUACACUAACUAGUCCUCCAAACCAAAGUAGCUUUCUUCGUCGACUCGCAUCA